CGCAGUCAGUGCGCCUGCGCAUUGUGAGGAGUGUAUUUUUGUUGAUAUGUGUGUCUGUGGGUUUUAAUGGUUGUUUUGCGGGUUUCCGUGUUUCUCGGAGUGUGACCCCCGCGGCCCGGGCUGAUGGAGGACCCCAGAGACAUGGUGAGUGACCCGGUCUGUCUCUGCAGCGGGGACCCGCGGAGGUCUCCUUUGUUUUGGUUGAUAUAGCGGUGCUGCUUCAAAGCGACACUGACAGAGGUCUGAGGUCUGAACCCCUUUAAGAAAACUCUAAUUUUAAGAGUUCAUCCGUCAUGCAGUAAAAACAUCACACACAUCACGGUGUUAUUUUACAUUGGAAUAAAAUAGUAUAAGCUACAAUUAUAUUCGGCAUAUAUAUGAUACAUUAAACAUGCUUAGAUUGCACCAAAACAUAACGUUUGAGACUACAUCGUCUGGUAUUCACCUGCAAACCCCCAUUGUAAAAACCUGCGCUAUUAAAUUUCCUUUGAAUGUUGACAAAGACAUGUUUGUUACCGAGCAGUUAUUGUUGUUUGGGAAAACUGGAGCAACUGGUCUUUUAUUCGGCUGUGUCCUUUACCAGGCUGGCAAUAUUUAACUUUAGUAUUUGGCUUUAGUUAUCGUAUUACUUUGAACCCACUGCAGCAAGAACAGAAGACCGAAGAGAGGGGCUGUGGAGGUGAAUCAGACAGUCAAAACAGAAUUAUUGUAACACACUCUGUGGCAGGUGCAUUUAAUGUAAGGCAACCGAAAGGUGUUUCUAACACUGUUUGAUGCAGCCCAGACAAUAAUAUCAGAAAAGACAUCACGGUGUCUGUGAUCAAAGUCGUUUAAAACAAGCUGAAUUCCUCAAGUGAUUUGGUGCUUCAUCCAGACAAGGGUUCGCACUGACAAAGUCUGUUAGACAACGACUAAGUCUGUCUGCAAGUGUCUUUACCAUCUCUCUCUCUCUCUCUCUCUCUGUCUGCACUGCGGUGCUGCAGCAGGUCACAGCUGCAAAAUCACUGAUGGAAACAACCGCUGAAUGCAACAGCUGUGUGUGUGUGUGUGUGUGUGUGUGUGUGUGUGUGUGUGUGUGUGUGUGUGUGUGUGUGUGUGUGUGUGUGUGUGUGUGUGUGAGAGAGAGAGAGAGAGAGAGAGAGAGAGAGAGAGAGAGAGAGAGAGAGAGAGAGAGAGAGAGAAAGAGAUAGGGAGAGAGAGAGAGCAUCUGUGUGGUUUUAAUUGUCUAAGCUCAUCUGAGUUCAAUAACUGGUUUGUUUUGUGACCAAGAUUUAAGACAAAGAUGUGGGGAAUUUCAUUUAACUGUCUUUAAUGAUUUUUUUUUUUUUUUUCCAAAAAAUGGAAAACAAUUUUUUUUUUCAUGUUUAAUUAAACAAAUGUGAUUCUGUACGAGUGUUCAGAUGCCUCACCAAAGGACCACUAGAGAUUUAUCCAAGUCAAGACACUGUGUUAAUUAUAGAUAAAAACAGAAUUAGAUGGUUUUUGAAUCGUUUAAAGCCUAUAUUUAAAUGAAAUAAGUGCAAAGACAACUUUUACAAGGUAGGAUUCUUCCUUCAUACGAAUGAACUGUUUCUGAAAUUAGGAGUAUUAAAACUGCACAAUGUACAAAGCUAGUAACAAUCCACUCCCUAGUAAUAUACAGAAAAUAUUUGGUGGAAGAGAGGGCAGGUAUGUAUUAAUAGGGGAACGAAAUUUAAAACAACCAGGCGUUCAUACCAGAACCAGCCCAAGUCUUAACGAGGCCCUAAGCAAAAUUUCAUUUUGGGGCCCUCUAUUUCUGCCAAAAAUAUUAAUUGUUGCUCAUUCACACAUCUUCUCAUAUAUUUCUCUCUCUCUCUCUCUCUCUCUCUAUAUAUAUAUAUAUAUAUAUAUAUAUAAGUGCAUAUGCAUAUGUAGUGCAUAUUUAUAGUGCAUAUAUAUAGUGCAUAUUUGUAUGUAUAUAUGUAUACAAGGUCUUUGUUUCAGUAUUAAUGAUUAGUUACAUAUUUAGACUUUGGAGCUUUGGUUACUUUUUGGUGACAUCAGAAAUUCUAAAUUCUAGAGACAAGUAAAGGAUAAACAAAUAGGAAGGAAUGAGGGUAGGUACAUAUUAACCAAAUAGCUUUAAUAUACUCCUUUUCAAUCUCCAAAAAAUAAGGAAUCUCUUGUCUAAAAUUGUUCUGUAUGUUUGAUCGAAUAAACAAUCUUGAACGUCUAAUAUCCAGACUUAAAAAUGUCUUUUUUCUGAAAAAUCUAAGCUCAUUUUAAAUUUCAUGUCAGCAACAUAAUUGUAAAAAGCAUCGAGAUUUCUCUGAUGACUCGUGAUCCUGCAGGUGGAGCGUCCAUCCAGGAAGCGCAGCGACUCCUUCGGGAUGCUGGACGGUCCAGAUGAGGAGCGCAGCAGCUGCAGCUCUGAGUCCAGCGAGGGGAGCGGAGCAUCCAGCCCUGAGGACAGUGAGGAUGAAGACUAUGGAGGAGGAGGAGGAGUGACUCACCUCACCCCUUCCUCCUCCUCCCUGACACUUAUUAAGACUAACGGACAAGUAUACACCUAUCCUGAUGGAAAGGCCGGCAUGGGUCAGUAUCAGCCUGAUGAUUCUGCUGUCAACAGCUCAGUCUCACCUUUGGUCCGUUGCUCAGUGACACACAGAAACCAGCCUGCUGCCCCUAACACUCACUAAACUCAUCCACUGCUAAAUAUAGUCCCUGACAGGAAAACAUCAGUCUGUAAGUAGAACCAGUGUUAACGCAGCAGCCGUUAAAGUCACUCUUUAUAUUUAUGUUAAAACCCUCUUCCUCUGUAUUAAAAAGUGCUCUCUCAGCAGGGAUCCUUUCUGUAGUGCUGUCAGACUGAGAAUAACUACCCAAACCUGUCAGGGACAAAAAACUACAACUUAAACUGACAUACUUUAAGGGUUAUGAUGCAGAUAUUACAGACAGUUUACCUGCUGCAGGAGAAAGAAAUCUGCUGCAGAAACAUCUAAAAUGUAAACUUUCAGAAUUCCACAUGUCUCCUAAGUGAUAAUAAAGGAAAAUUAAAGGACAGAAUGAUAUUCAUAGAGAUUUAUUCAUGUGUUCAUUUGUGUAUCCUGCAGCGACUUGUGAGAUGUGUGGUAUGGUGGGGGUCAGAGAUGCUUUCUACAGUAAAACUAAACGGUUCUGCAGCGUCUCCUGCUCCAGAAGUUUCUCCUCCAACUCCAAGAAGGCCAGCAUCCUCGCCAGACUGCAGGUUCAGUGAUCACUCAAACUAACCAAAAGUUAAAGCAGACUAUUUUCACUAAUCGUUCAAUCUGACUGAGCCUAGAGCAGUCUGAGUAUGAAACAGUUUAAGUUUCCAGAGGAGGGGGUCAAGAAGGGAAAGUUUAAAAUGUCUCUGUGUCUUGAAGGGGAAGCCUCCCACCAAGAAGGCCAAAGUCCUGCAGAAACAGCCUCUGAUGAGUAAACUGGUUGUUUACAGUCAGAAUCAGGGGAACCAGCAAGGCGGAGUCAAGAAGAGCAGUGAGUCAGAUUCACUUUUAGAGAACAUCCUGCAGUUUAUCAGUGAAUAAUUCAGCUGAAUGACCCGCUUCACAUUUACAGGGUCACACAUUGAAUUAAAGCUUUUGAAUCAGACGCAGUAACAGGUCCUCCCACACAGAGCCUGUUAACCCUCUAGUUACCGUAACACAGCAAGCUGAGUGUUUGAGUGUCAGUCUGUUUACCUGGGCUCACCUGUUCCUUACAGUCUCUCUGGACGGGUUUGAUUGGGGACGUUACCUUGGAGACGGAGAUGUGCUGGGAGCACCUGUCAGCUGUUUCAAACAUGUGGGUGCAUCACACAAACACACACACCCAAAAGGAGGAGUUCAGUAAUUUUUUUUUCACGUUAUUUUUCAUGUUAUUUUGUGUUUAGGUCCCAAUUGGCCUGUCAUGGGAGGAGAUAAGUGCAGGUGUGCGGGUUGAAGUCCCGAACACUGACAGCGGUCUGCCAAUGAAGGUUUACUGGAUCGCUGGAAUCAUCAAACUGGCCGGUACACAUAACACACACAACGCACACACACACACACACACACACACAUCUGUUGACAUCUAAACAUAGUUUUCCAUCACUGCAGAAUGUUCUUAUUUUUGCACCUUUUCCCCGUAUUCAGGUUUCAAGGCCCUGUUGAGGUAUGAGGGCUUCGACGGUGACUCCACCAGAGAUUUCUGGUUGAACUUGUGUGUUCCUGACAUCCACCCCGUGGGCUGGUGUGCAGCUGGAGGGAAACCUCUGGUCCCCCCUCAGAGUGAGAGACACACACAUACACACACUCUCUCACACACACACACACACACUGGCAGUAUAAGACCUCAGAGUGAAGCAGAGAAGUUAGAGGAGCUGGGUGCAGGGUCAGGGCUCAGAUCAGUUUGACUCACAGCGGCUCCUCUACCAGCAGUCUGUGUUUGAAUUAAGCUCCUCAUGGUUGAAGAAGAUAAUCUUUCUUUAUCUGCAGCAAACAGCAGUGUGGGGUUGAUCAGCAGAGACUUCUGACCCUAUAAAACUUUGGAUUUGUCCUUUAACCCCUAAAUAAAGCAGUACUCGUACCUUUUCUGCCUCAGAUUCCGUUUGGUGCGGUUUUGGAAAAGGUUAAAAAUCUCAGUACCAUUUAAUAACACAAACAUGACCUCUAUAUGUGUGUGUGUGUCAGUGUGUAUCUAUGUGUUCAUAUGUGUGUGUUCUCUUAGCCCUACUGCACAGGUUCUCUAACUGGAAGACAUUUCUGGUCAAACGGCUGACGGGCUCUAAAACUCUGCCUCCUGACUUCUCCUCUAAGGUCAGCCACACACUCAUCUGUUUUUCUAUACCUCUGGGGACCACCCUCCACCCCUUAUAAAAUAAUGCCUGGGAACUUUUGAACCUGAACCUUCCCCUGUGUGUGUCCGACCUGUGCACAGGUGCAGGAGAGCAUGCAGGUCCCCUUUAAGAAGCAGAUGAGGGUGGAGGUGGUGGAUAAAACUCACCUGUGUCGGACACGGGUCGCUUUGGUGGAACAGGUGAGACUCAGGAGAGUGAGGACUCUGUUAUGUUUCGCUGGUCUGGGCGAUAAGUGAGGCACGGGGUGCAGAGAGGUUGGGGUAAGUCCCUCAAUCUGGCCAACCUGUGUGUCUGCUCUCAUUCCCUGUAAGAGUCAGGUGAUCCUCCAGGGUGUUACUAUUUACACAACCAGGCUUGAGGUGUGUGUUUGUCUGAGGUGCAGAAGACCUCCACAUCCUAGAGAUAGUAACCUGCCAUCUUUGAACCUGACCACACCUGUCUCUGAGACCAAAUUAAAGUACAAGAGAACUAAGAAUGUUGAAUGACUAAGUAGAGUGUAAAAUAACCAAAUGAGCACUAACUCUAACCCCUUACAAAGACGCUUUGGGCCCCGAACGUCUAAUAUCAUGGUAUUAUAUUGAAACAAUAAUGGGUUAAUGUGAUUAUUAUGUUAGUGUUAUGUUGUUUUUGUUGUUCUUAUGUUGGUAUUAUGUUUGUGUGUGUUGUUAUAGGUGAUCGGAGGACGUCUCCGCCUGGUGUACGAGGAGUGUGAUGAUGGGACGGACGACUUCUGGUGUCACAUGUACAGUCCUUUGAUCCACAGCAUCGGCUGGUCCCGCUCCAUCGGACACCGAUUUAAAAGAUCCGGUGGGUUUAGUGAUUUCGCAGUAACACGGUCACCAUGUUUUAUCCUGAUUAAAGCCACAGGAAAGCUUAAAGAACUAAUUCUGACUUGAUUCAGUUGUGUGUCUACAUGUUCCAACAUCUUUAAGGUUGGAGCUAGGGUUAGGGUUAGGUGUGGGGUUGGAGCUAGGGUUAGGGUUAGGGUUGGAGUUAGGGUUAGUGUUGGAGCUAGGGUUAGGGUUGGGCUUGGAGCUAGGAUUUUUCUGAGUGCAAUGAACCAACUCCCGAGUCUCUAGGACGUUCCUAAAAAAAUUUGAUUUUUUUCCCAUAGGAAUGCAUGGGUUAGGGUUGGAGCUAGGGUUAGGGUUAGGGUUAGGGUUGGAGUUAGGAUUAGUGUUGGAGCUAGGGUUAGGGUUGGGCUUGGAGCUAGGAUUUUUCUGAGUGGAAUGAACCAACUCCCGAGUCUCUAGGACGCUCCUAAAAAAAUUUGAUUUUUUCCCAUAGGAAUGCAUGGGUUAGGGUUAGGGUUAGGGUUGGAGUUAGGGUUAGUGUUGGAGCUGGGGUUAGGGUUGGGCUUGGAGCUAGGAUUUUUCUGAGUGGAAUGAACCAACUCCCAAGUCUCUAGGACGCUCCUAAAAAAAUUUGAUUUUUUCCCAUAGGAAGCAUGGGUUAGGGUUAGGGUUAGGGUUGGAGCUAGGGUUAGGGUUAGGGUUAGGGUUGGAGUUAGGGUUAGUGUUGGAGCUAGGGUUAGGGUUGGGCUUGGAGCUAGGAUUUUUCUGAGUGCAAUGAACCAACUCCCGAGUCUCUAGGACAUUCCUAAAAAAAUUUGAUUUUUUCCCAUAGGAAUGCAUGGGUUAGGGUUAGGGUUAGGGUUGGAGCUAGGGUUAGGGUUAGGGUUAGGGUUGGAGUUAGGGUUAGUGUUGGAGCUAGGGUUAGGGUUGGGCUUGGAGCUAGGAUUUUUCUGAGUGGAAUGAACCAACUCCCGAGUCUCUAGGACGUUCCUAAAAAAAUUUGAUUUUUUCCCAUAGGAAUGCAUGGGUUAGGGUUAGGGUUAGGGUUAGGGUUGGAGUUAGGGUUAGGGUUGGAGUUAGGAUUAGUGUUGGAGCUAGGGUUAGGGUUGGGCUUGGAGCUAGGAUUUUUCUGAGUGCAAUGAACCAACUCCCGAGUCUCUAGGACCUUCCUUAAAAAAAUUGAUUUUUUUCCCAUAGGAAUGCAUGGGUUAGGGUUGGAGCUAGGGUUAGGGUUAGGGUUAGGGUUGGAGUUAGGGUUAGUGUUGGAGCUAGGGUUAGGGUUGGGCUUGGAGCUAGGAUUUUUCUGAGUGCAAUGAACCAACUCCCGAGUCUCUAGGACGUUCCUAAAAAAAUUUGAUUUUUUCCCAUAGGAAUGCAUGGGUUAGGGUUAGGGUUAGGGUUGGAGCUAGGGUUAGGGUUAGGGUUAGGGUUGGAGUUAGGGUUAGUGUUGGAGCUAGGGUUAGGGUUGGGCUUGGAGCUAGGAUUUUUCUGAGUGCAAUGAACCAACUCCCGAGUCUCUAGGACGUUCCUAAAAAAAAUUGAUUUUUUCCCAUAGGAAUGCAUGGGUUAGGGUUAGGGUUAGGGUUGAAGCUAGGGUUAGGGUUAGGGUUAGGGUUGGAGUUAGGGUUAGUGUUGGAGCUAGGGUUAGAGUUGGGCUUGGAGCUAGGAUUUUUCUGAGUGCAAUGAACCAACUCCCGAGUCUCUAGGACGUUCCUAAAAAAAUUUGAUUUUUUCCCAUAGGAAUGCAUGGGUUAGGGUUAGGGUUAGGGUUGGAGCUAGGGUUAGGGUUAGGGUUGGAGUUAGGGUUAGUGUUGGAGCUAGGGUUAGGGUUGGGCUUGGAGCUAGGAUUUUUCUGAGUGGAAUGAACCAACUCCCGAGUCUCUAGGACGUUCCUAAAAAAAUUUGAUUUUUUUCCCAUAGGAAUGCAUGGGUUAGGGUUGGAGCUAGGGUUAGGGUUAGGGUUAGGGUUGGAGUUAGGGUUAGGGUUGGAGUUAGGGUAAGUGUUGGAGCUAGGGUUAGGGUUGCGCUUGGAGCUAGGAUUUUUCUGAGUGCAAUGAACCAACUCCCGAGUAUCUAGGACGUUCCUAAAAAAAAUUGAUUUUUUUCCCAUAGGAAUGCAUGGGUCAGGGUUGGAGCUAGGGUUAGGGUUAGGGUUAGGGUUGGAGCUAGGGUUAGGGUUGGGCUUGGAGCUAGGAUUUUUCUGAGUGGAAUGAACCAACUCCCGAGUCUCUAGGACGCUCCUAAAAAAAUUUGAUUUUUUCCCAUAGGAAUGCAUGGGUUAGGGUUAGGGUUAGGGUUGGAGCUAGGGUUAGGGUUAGGGUUAGGGUUUGAGUUAGGGUUAGUGUUGGAGCUGGGGUUAGGGUUGGGCUUGGAGCUAGGAUUUUUCUGAGUGCAAUGAACCAACUCCCGAGUCUCUGGGACGUUCCUAAAAAAAAUUGAUUUUUUCCCAUAGGAAUGCAUGGGUUAGGGUUAGGGUAAGGGUUGGAGCUAGGGUUAGGGUUAGGGUUAGGGUUGGAGUUAGGGUUAGUGUUGGAGCUAGGGUUAGGGUUGGGCUUGGAGCUAGGAUUUUUCUGAGUGCAAUGAACCAACUCCCGAGUCUCUAGGACGUUCCUAAAAAAAUUUGAUUUUUUCCCAUAGGAAUGCAUGGGUUAGGGUUAGGGUUAGGGUUGGAGCUAGGGUUAGGGUUGGAGUUAGGGUUAGUGUUGGAGCUAGGGUUAGGGUUGGGCUUGGAGCUAGGAUUUUUCUGAGUGGAAUGAACCAACUCCCGAGUCUCUAGGACGUUCCUAAAAAAAUUUGAUUUUUUUCCCAUAGGAAUGCAUGGGUUAGGGUUGGAGCUAGGGUUAGGGUUAGGGUUAGGGUUGGAGUUAGGGUUAGUGUUGGAGCUAGGGUUAGGGUUGGGCUUGGAGCUAGGAUUUUUCUGAGUGCAAUGAACCAACUCCCGAGUCUCUAGGACGUUCCUAAAAAAAUUUGAUUUUUUUCCCAUAGGAAUGCAUGGGUUAGGGUUGGAGCUAGGGUUAGGGUUAGGGUUAGGGUUGGAGUUAGGGUUAGUGUUGGAGCUAGGGUUAGGGUUGGGCUUGGAGCUAGGAUUUUUCUGAGUGCAAUGAACCAACUCCCGAGUCUCUAGGACGUUCCUAAAAAAAUUUGAUUUUUUCCCAUUGGAAUGCAUGGGUUAGGGUUAGGGUUAGGGUUGGAGCUAGGGUUAGGGUUAGGGUUAGGGUUGGAGUUAGGGUUAGUGUUGGAGCUAGGGUUAGGGUUGGGCUUGGAGCUAGGAUUUUUCUGAGUGGAAUGAACCAACUCCCGAGUCUCUAGGACGUUCCUAAAAAAAUUUGAUUUUUUUCCCAUAGGAAUGCAUGGGUUAGGGUUGGAGCUAGGGUUAGGGUUAGGGUUAGGGUUGGAGUUAGGGUUAGGGUUGGAGUUAGGGUUAGUGUUGGAGCUAGGGUUAGGGUUGGGCUUGGAGCUAGGAUUUUUCUGAGUGCAAUGAACCAACUCCCGAGUCUCUAGGACGUUCCUAAAAAAAUUAGAUUUUUUUCCCAUAGGAAUGCAUGGGUUAGGGUUGGAGCUAGGGUUAGGGUUAGGGUUAGGGUUGGAGUUAGGGUUAGUGUUGGAGCUAGGGUUAGGGUUGGGCUUGGAGCUAGGAUUUUUCUGAGUGCAAUGAACCAACUCCCGAGUCUCUAGGACGUUCCUAAAAAAAAAUUGAUUUUUUCCCAUAGGAAUGCAUGGGUUAGGGUUAGGAUUAGGGUUGGAGCUAGGGUUAGGGUUAGGGUUAGGGUUUGAGUUAGGGUUAGUGUCGGAGCUGGGGUUAGGGUUGGGCUUGGAGCUAGGAUUUUUCUGAGUGCAAUGAACCAACUCCCGAGUCUCUAGGACGUUCCUAAAAAAAUUUGAUUUUUUCCCAUAGGAAUGCCUGGGUUAGGGUUAGGGUUAGGGUUGGAGCUAGGGUUAGGGUUAGGGUUAGGGUUGGAGUUAGGGUUAGUGUUGGAGCUAGGGUUAGGGUUGGGCUUGGAGCUUGGAUUUUCCUGAGUGCAAUGAACCAACUCCCGAGUCUCUAGGACGUUCCUAAAAAAAUUUGAUUUUUUCCCAUAGGAAUGCAUGGGUUAGGGUUAGGGUUAGGGUUGGAGCUAGGGUUAGGGUUAGGGUUAGGGUUGGAGUUAGGGUUAGUGUUGGAGCUAGGGUUAGGGUUGGGCUUGGAGCUAGGAUUUUUCUGAGUGCAAUGAACCAACUCCUGAGUCUCUAGGACGUUCCUAAAAAAAUUUGAUUUUUUUCCCAUAGGAAUGCAUGGGUUAGGGUUGGAGCUAGGGUUAGGGUUAGGGUUAGGGUUGGAGUUAGGGUUAGGGUUGGAGUUAGGGUUAGUGUUGGAGCUAGGUUUAGGGUUGGGCUUGGAGCUAGGAUUUUUCUGAGUGCAAUGAACCAACUCCCGAGUCUCUAGGACGUUCCUAAAAAAAUUUGUUUUUUUCCCAUAGGAAUGCAUGGGUUAGGGUUGGAGCUAGGGUUAGGGUUAGGGUUAGGGUUGGAGUUAGGGUUAGUGUUGGAGCUAGAGUUAGGGUUGGGCUUGGAGCUAGGAUUUUUCUGAGUGGAAUGAACCAACUCCCGAGUCUCUAGGACGCUCCUAAAAAAAUUUGAUUUUUUCCCAUAGGAAUGCAUGGGUUAGGGUUAGGGUUAGGGUUGGAGCUAGGGUUAGGGUUAGGGUUAGGGUUAGGGUUGGAGUUAGGGUUAGUGUUGGAGCUAGGGUUAGGGUUGGGCUUGGAGCUAGGAUUUUUCUGAGUGCAAUGAACCAACUCCUGAGUCUCUAGGACGUUCCUAAAAAAAUUUGAUUUUUUUCCCAUAGGAAUGCAUGGGUUAGGGUUGGAGCUAGGGUUAGGGUUAGGGUUAGGGUUGGAGUUAGGGUUAGGGUUGGAGUUAGGGUUAGUGUUGGAGCUAGGGUUAGGGUUGGGCUUGGAGCUAGGAUUUUUCUGAGUGCAAUGAACCAACUCCCGAGUCUCUAGGACGGUCCUAAAAAAAAUUGUUUUUUUCCCAUAGGAAUGCAUGGGUUAGGGUUGGAGCUAGGGUUAGGGUUAGGGUUAGGGUUGGAGUUAGGGUUAGUGUUGGAGCUAGAGUUAGGGUUGGGCUUGGAGCUAGGAUUUUUCUGAGUGGAAUGAACCAACUCCCGAGUCUCUAGGACGCUCCUAAAAAAAUUUGAUUUUUUCCCAUAGGAAUGCAUGGGUUAGGGUUAGGGUUAGGGUUGGAGCUAGGGUUAGGGUUAGGGUUAGGGUUUGAGUUAGGGUUAGUGUCGGAGCUGGGGUUAGGGUUGGGCUUGGAGCUAGGAUUUUUCUGAGUGCAAUGAACCAACUCCCGAGUCUCUAGGACGUUCCUAAAAAAAUUUGAUUUUUUUCCCAUAGGAAUGCAUGGGUUAGGGUUAGGGUUAGGGUUGGAGCUAGGGUUAGGGUUAGGGUUAGGGUUGGAGUUAGGGUUAGUGUUGGAGCUAGGGUUAGGGUUGGGCUUGGAGCUAGGAUUUUUCUGAGUGCAAUGAACCAACUCCCGAGUCUCUAGGACGUUCCUAAAAAAAUUUGAUUUUUUUCCCAUAGGAAUGCAUGGGUUAGGGUUGGAGCUAGGGUUAGGGUUAGGGUUAGGGUUGGAGUUAGGGUUAGUGUUGCAGCUAGGGUUAGGGUUGGGCUUGGAGCUAGGAUUUUUCUGAGUGGAAUGAACCAACUCCCGAGUCUCUAGGACGUUCCUAAAAAAAUUUGAUUUUUUUCCCAUAGGAAUGCAUGGGUUAGGGUUGGAGUUAGGGUUAGGGUUAGGGUAAGGGUUGGAGUUAGGGUUAGGGUUGGAGUUAGGGUUAGUGUUGGAGCUAGGGUUAGGGUUGGGCUUGGAGCUAGGAUUUUUCUGAGUGCAAUGAACCAACUCCCGAGUCUCUAGGACGUUCCUAAAAAAAUUUGAUUUUUUCCCAUAGGAAUGCAUGGGUUAGGGUUAGGGUUAGGGUUGGAGCCAGGGUUAGGGUUAGGGUUAGGGUUUGAGUUAGGGUUAGUGUUGGAGCUGGGGUUAGGGUUGGGCUUGGAGCUAGGAUUUUUCUGAGUGCAAUGAACCAACUCCCGAGUCUCUAGGACGUUCCUAAAAAAAUUUGAUUUUUUCCCUUAGGAAUGCAUGGGUUAGGGUUAGGGUUAGGGUUGGAGCUAGGGUUAGGGUUAGGGUUAGGGUUGGAGUUAGGGUUAGUGUUGGAGCUAGGGUUAGGGUUGGGCUUGGAGCUAGGAUUUUUCUGAGUGCAAUGAACCAACUCCCGAGUCUCUAGGACGUUCCUAAAAAAAUUUGAUUUUUUUCCCAUAGGAAUGCAUGGGUUAGGGUUAGGGUUAGGGUUGGAGCUAGGGUUAGGGUUAGGGUUGGAGUUAGGGUUAGUGUUGGAGCUAGGGUUAGGGUUGGGCUUGGAGCUAGGAUUUUUCUGAGUGGAAUGAACCAACUCCCGAGUCUCUAGGACGUUCCUAAAAAAAAUGUGAUUUUUCCCAUAGGAAUGCAUGGGUUAGGGUUAGGGUUAGGGUUGGAGCUAGGGUUAGGGUUAGGGUUAGGGUUGGAGUUAGGGUUAGUGUUGGAGCUAGGGUUAGGGUUGGGCUUGGAGCUAGGAUUUUUCUGAGUGGAAUGAACCAACUCCCGAGUCUCUAGGACGUUCCUAAAAAAAUUUGAUUUUUUUCCCAUAGGAAUGCAUGGGUUAGGGUUGGAGCUAGGGUUAGGGUUGGAGUUAGGGUUAGGGUUGGAGUUAGGGUUAUUGUUGGAGCUAGGGUUAGGGUUGGGCUUGGAGCUAGGAUUUUUCUGAGUGCAAUGAACCAACUCCCGAGUCUCUAGGACGUUCCUAAAAAAAAUUGAUUUUUUUCCCAUAGGAAUGCAUGGGUUAGGGUUGGAGCUAGGGUUAGGGUUAGGGUUAGGGUUUGAGUUAGGGUUAGUGUUGGAGCUGGGGUUAGGGUUGGGCUUGGAGCUAGGAUUUUUCUGAGUGCAAUGAACCAACUCCUGAGUCUCUAGGACAUUCCUAAAAAAAUGUGAUUUUUUCCCAUAGGAAUGCAUGGGUUAGCGUUUGGGUUAGGGUUGGAGCUAGGGUUAGGGUUAGGGUUAGGGUUGGAGUUAGGGUUAGUGUUGGAGCUAGGGUUAGGGUUGGGCUUGGAGCUAGGAUUUUUCUGAGUGCAAUGAACCAACUCCCGAGUCUCUAGGACGUUCCUAAAAAAAUUUGAUUUUUUUCCCAUAGGAAUGCAUGGGUUAGGGUUAGGGUUAGGGAUGGAGCUAGGGUUAGGGUUAGGGUUAGGGUUGGAGUUAGGGUUAGUGUUGGAGCUAGGGUUAGGGUUGGGCUUGGAGCUAGGAUUUUUCUGAGUGCAAUGAACCAACUCCCGAGUCUCUAGGACGUUCCUAAAAAAAAUUGAUUUUUUCCCAUAGGAAUGCAUGGGUUAGGGUUGGAGCUAGGGUUAGGGUUAGGGUUCGGGUUGGAGUUAGGGUUAGGUUUGGAGCUAGGGUUAGUGUUGGGCUUGGAGCUAGGAUUUUUCUGAGUGCAAUGGACCAACUUCCGAGUCUCUAGGACGUUCCUAAAAAAAUUUGAUUUUUUCCCAUAGGAAUGCAUGGGUUAGGGUUAGGGUAAGGGUUGGAGCUAGGGUUAGGGUUAGGGUUAGGGUUGGAGUUAGGGUUAGUGUUGGAGCUAGGGUUAGGGUUAGGGUUAGGGUUGGAGUUAGGGUUAUUGUUGGAGCUAGGGUUAGGGUUGGGCUUGGAGCUAGGAUUUUUCUGAGUGCAAUGAACCAACUCCCGAGUCUCUAGGACGUUCCUAAAAAAAUUUGAUUUUUUCCCAUAGGAAUGCAUGGGUUAGGGUUGGAGCUAGGGUUAGGGUUAGGGUUAGGGUUGGAGUUAGGGUUAGUGUUGGAGCUAGGGUUAGGGUUGGGCUUGGAGCUAGGAUUUUUCUGAGUGCAAUGAACCAACUCCCGAGUCUCUAGGACGUUCCUAAAAAAUUUGAUUUUUUCCCAUAGGAAUGCAUGGGUUAGGGUUAGGGUUAGGGUUGGAGCUAGGGUUAGGGUUAGGGUUAGGGUUGGAGUUAGGGUUAGUGUUGGAGCUAGGGUUAGGGUUGGGCUUGGAGCUAGGAUUUCUCUGAGUGCAAUGAACCAACUCCCGAGUCUCUAGGACGUUCCUAAAAAAAUUUGAUUUUUUUCCCAUAGGAAUGCAUGGGUUAGGGUUAGGGUUAGGGUUGGAGCUAGGGUUAGGGUUAGGGUUAGGGUUGGAGUUAGGGUUAGUGUUGGAGCUAGGGUUAGGGUUGGGCUUGGAGCUAGGAUUUUUCUGAGUGGAAUGAACCAACUCCCGAGUCUCUAGGACGUUCCUAAAAAAAUUUGAUUUUUUCCCAUAGGAAUGCAUGGGUUAGGGUUAGGGUUAGGGUUGGAGCUAGGGUUAGGGUUAGGGUUAGGGUUGGAGUUAGGGUUAGUGUUGGAGCUAGGGUUAGGGUUGGGCUUGGAGCUAGGAUUUUUCUGAGUGCAAUGAACCAACUCCCGAGUCUCUAGGACGUUCCUAAAAAAAUUUGAUUUUUUUCCCAUAGGAAUGCAUGGGUUAGGGUUGGAGCUAGGGUUAGGGUUAGGGUUAGGGUUGGAGUUAGGGUUAGUGUUGGAGCUAGGGUUAGGGUUGGGCUUGGAGCUAGGAUUUUUCUGAGUGCAAUGAACCAACUCCCGAGUCUCUAGGACAAUCCUAAAAAAAUUUGAUUUUUUUCCCAUAGGAAUGCAUGGGUUAGGGUUGGAGCUAGGGUUAGGGUUAGGGUUAGGGUUGGAGUUAGGGUUAGGGUUGGAGUUAGGGUUAGUGUUGGAGCUAGGGUUAGGGUUGGGCUUGGAGCUAGGAUUUUUCUGAGUGCAAUGAACCAACUCCCGAGUCUCUAGGACGUUCCUAAAAAAAAUUGAUUUUUUCCCAUAGGAAUGCAUGGGUUAGGGUUGGAGCUAGGGUUAGGGUUAGGGUUAGGGUUGGAGUUAGGGUUAGUGUUGGAGCUAGGGUUAGGGUUGGGCUUGGAGCUAGGAUUUUUCUGAGUGGAAUGAACCAACUCCCGAGUCUCUAGGACGUUCCUAAAAAAAUUUGAUUUUUUCCCAUAGGAAUGCAUGGGUUAGGGUUAGGGUUAGGGUUGGAGCUAGGGUUAGGGUUAGGGUUAGGGUUUGAGUUAGGGUUAGUGUUGGAGCUGGGGUUAGGGUUGGGCUUGGAGCUAGGAUUUUUCUGAGUGCAAUGAACCAACUCCCGAGUCUCUAGGACGUUCCUAAAAAAAUUUGAUUUUUUUCCCAUAGGAAUGCAUGGGUUAGGGUUAGGGUUAGGGUUAGGGUUGGAGCUAGGGUUAGGGUUAGGGUUAGGGUUGGAGUUAGGGUUAGUGUUGGAGCUAGCGUUAGGGUUGGGCUUGGAGCUAGGAUUUUUCUGAGUGCAAUGAACCAACUCCCGAGUCUCUAGGACGUUCCUAAAAAAAUUUGAUUUUUUCCCAUAGGAAUGCAUGGGUUAGGGUUGGAGCUAGGGUUAGGGUUAGGGUUAGGGUUGGAGUUAGGGUUAGUGUUGCAGCUAGGGUUAGGGUUGGGCUUGGAGAUAGGAUUUUUCUGAGUGGAAUGAACCAACUCCCGAGUCUCUAGGACGUUCCUAAAAAAAUUUGAUUUUUUUCCCAUAGGAAUGCAUGGGUUAGGGUUGGAGUUAGGGUUAGGGUUAGGGUAAGGGUUGGAGUUAGGGUUAGGGUUGGAGUUAGGGUUAGUGUUGGAGCUAGGGUUAGGGUUGGGCUUGGAGUUAGGAUUUUUCUGAGUGCAAUGAACCAACUCCCGAGUCUCUAGGACGUUCCUAAAAAAAUUUGAUUUUUUCCCAUAGGAAUGCAUGGGUUAGGGUUAGGGUUAGGGUUGGAGCCAGGGUUAGGGUUAGGGUUAGGGUUUGAGUUAGGGUUAGUGUUGGAGCUGGGGUUAGGGUUGGGCUUGGAGCUAGGAUUUUUCUGAGUGCAAUGAACCAACUCCCGAGUCUCUAGGACGUUCCUAAAAAAAUUUGAUUUUUUUCCCAUAGGAAUGCAUGGGUUAGGGUUAGGGUUAGGGUUGGAGCUAGGGUUAGGGUUAGGGUUAGGGUUGGAGUUAGGGUUAGUGUUGGAGCUAGGGUUAGGGUUAGGGUUAGGGUUGGAGUUAGGGUUAUUGUUGGAGCUAGGGUUAGGGUUGGGCUUGGAGCUAGGAUUUUUCUGAGUGCAAUGAACCAACUCCCGAGUCUCUAGGACGUUCCUAAAAAAAUUUGAUUUUUUCCCAUAGGAAUGCAUGGGUUAGGGUUGGAGCUAGGGUUAGGGUUAGGGUUAGGGUUGGAGUUAGGGUUAGUGUUGGAGCUAGGGUUAGGGUUGGGCUUGGAGCUAGGAUUUUUCUGAGUGCAAUGAACCAACUCCCGAGUCUCUAGGACGUUCCUAAAAAAAUUUGAUUUUUUCCCAUAGGAAUGCAUGGGUUAGGGUUAGGGUUAGGGUUGGAGCUAGGGUUAGGGUUAGGGUUAGGGUUGGAGUUAGGGUUAGUGUUGGAGCUAGGGUUAGGGUUGGGCUUGGAGCUAGGAUUUCUCUGAGUGCAAUGAACCAACUCCCGAGUCUCUAGGACGUUCCUAAAAAAAUUUGAUUUUUUCCCAUAGGAAUGCAUGGGUUAGGGUUAGGGUUAGGGUUGGAGCUAGGGUUAGGGUUAGGGUUAGGGUUGGAGUUAGGGUUAGUGUUGGAGCUAGGGUUAGGGUUGGGCUUGGAGCUAGGAUUUUUCUGAGUGGAAUGAACCAACUCCCGAGUCUCUAGGACGUUCCUAAAAAAAUUUGAUUUUUUUCCCAUAGGAAUGCAUGGGUUAGGGUUAGGGUUAGGGUUGGAGCUAGGGUUAGGGUUAGGGUUAGGGUUGGAGUUAGGGUUAGUGUUGGAGCUAGGGUUAGGGUUGGGCUUGGAGCUAGGAUUUUUCUGAGUGCAAUGAACCAACUCCCGAGUCUCUAGGACGUUCCUAAAAAAAUUUGAUUUUUUUCCCAUUGGAAUGCAUGGGUUAGGGUUGGAGCUAGGGUUAGGGUUAGGGUUAGGGUUGGAGUUAGGGUUAGUGUUGGAGCGAGGGUUAGGGUUGGGCUUGGAGCUAGGAUUUUUCUGAGUGCAAUGAACCAACUCCCGAGUCUCUAGGACAAUCCUAAAAAAAUUUGAUUUUUUUCCCAUAGGAAUGCAUGGGUUAGGGUUGGAGCUAGGGUUAGGGUUAGGGUUAGGGUUGGAGUUAGGGUUAGGGUUGGAGUUAGGGUUAGUGUUGGAGCUAGGGUUAGGGUUGGGCUUGGAGCUAGGAUUUUUCUGAGUGCAAUGAACCAACUCCCGAGUCUCUAGGACGUUCCUAAAAAAAAUUGAUUUUUUUCCCAUAGGAAUGCAUGGGUUAGGGUUGGAGCUAGGGUUAGGGUUAGGGUUAGGGUUGGAGUUAGGGUUAGUGUUGGAGCUAGGGUUAGGGUUGGGCUUGGAGCUAGGAUUUUUCUGAGUGGAAUGAACCAACUCCCGAGUCUCUAGGACGUUCCUAAAAAAAUUUGAUUUUUUCCCAUAGGAAUGCAUGGGUUAGGGUUAGGGUUAGGGUUGGAGCUAGGGUUAGGGUUAGGGUUAGGGUUUGAGUUAGGGUUAGUGUUGGAGCUGGGGUUAGGGUUGGGCUUGGAGCUAGGAUUUUUCUGAGUGCAAUGAACCAACUCCCGAGUCUCUAGGACGUUCCUAAAAAAUUUUGAUUUUUUCCCAUAGGAAUGCAUGGGUUAGGGUUAGGGUUAGGGUUAGGGUUGGAGCUAGGGUUAGGGUUAGGGUUAGGGUUGGAGUUAGGGUUAGUGUUGGAGCUAGCGUUAGGGUUGGGCUUGGAGCUAGGAUUUUUCUGAGUGCAAUGAACCAACUCCCGAGUCUCUAGGACGUUCCUAAAAAAAUUUGAUUUUUUUCCCAUAGGAAUGCAUGGGUUAGGGUUGGAGCUAGGGUUAGGGUUAGGGUUAGGGUUGGAGUUAGGGUUAGUGUUGCAGCUAGGGUUAGGGUUGGGCUUGGAGCUAGGAUUUUUCUGAGUGGAAUGAACCAACUCCCGAGUCUCUAGGACGUUCCUAAAAAAAUUUGAUUUUUUUCCCAUAGGAAUGCAUGGGUUAGGGUUGGAGUUAGGGUUAGGGUUAGGGUAAGGGUUGGAGUUAGGGUUAGGGUUGGAGUUAGGGUUAGUGUUGGAGCUAGGGUUAGGGUUGGGCUUGGAGCUAGGAUUUUUCUGAGUGCAAUGAACCAACUCCCGAGUCUCUAGGACGUUCCUAAAAAAAUUUGAUUUUUUCCCAUAGGAAUGCAUGGGUUAGGGUUAGGGUUAGGGUUGGAGCCAGGGUUAGGGUUAGGGUUAGGGUUUGAGUUAGGGUUAGUGUUGGAGCUGGGGUUAGGGUUGGGCUUGGAGCUAGGAUUUUUCUGAGUGCAAUGAACCAACUCCCGAGUCUCUAGGACGUUCCUAAAAAAAUUUGAUUUUUUCCCAUAGGAAUGCAUGGGUUAGGGUUAGGGUUAGGGUUGGAGCUAGGGUUAGGGUUAGGGUUAGGGUUGGAGUUAGGGUUAGUGUUGGAGCUAGGGUUAGGGUUAGGGUUAGGGUUGGAGUUAGGGUUAUUGUUGGAGCUAGGGUUAGGGUUGGGCUUGGAGCUAGGAUUUUUCUGAGUGCAAUGAACCAACUCCCGAGUCUCUAGGACGUUCCUAAAAAAAUUUGAUUUUUUUCCCAUAGGAAUGCAUGGGUUAGGGUUGGAGCUAGGGUUAGGGUUAGGGUUAGGGUUGGAGUUAGGGUUAGUGUUGGAGCUAGGGUUAGGGUUGGGCUUGGAGCUAGGAUUUUUCUGAGUGCAAUGAACCAACUCCCGAGUCUCUAGGACGUUCCUAAAAAAAUUUGAUUUUUUCCCAUAGGAAUGCAUGGGUUAGGGUUAGGGUUAGGGUUGGAGCUAGGGUUAGGGUUAGGGUUAGGGUUGGAGUUAGGGUUAGUGUUGGAGCUAGGGUUAGGGUUGGGCUUGGAGCUAGGAUUUCUCUGAGUGCAAUGAACCAACUCCCGAGUCUCUAGGACGUUCCUAAAAAAAUUUGAUUUUUUCCCAUAGGAAUGCAUGGGUUAGGGUUAGGGUUAGGGUUGGAGCUAGGGUUAGGGUUAGGGUUAGGGUUGGAGUUAGGGUUAGUGUUGGAGCUAGGGUUAGGGUUGGGCUUGGAGCUAGGAUUUUUCUGAGUGGAAUGAACCAACUCCCGAGUCUCUAGGACGUUCCUAAAAAAAUUUGAUUUUUUCCCAUAGGAAUGCAUGGGUUAGGGUUAGGGUUAGGGUUGGAGCUAGGGUUGGGGUUAGGGUUAGGGUUGGAGUUAGGGUUAGUGUUGGAGCUAGGGUUAGGGUUGGGCUUGGAGCUAGGAUUUUUCUGAGUGCAAUGAACCAACUCCCGAGUCUCUAGGACGUUCCUAAAAAAAUUUGAUUUUUUUCCCAUAGGAAUGCAUGGGUUAGGGUUGGAGCUAGGGUUAGGGUUAGGGUUAGGGUUGGAGUUAGGGUUAGUGUUGGAGCUAGGGUUAGGGUUGGGCUUGGAGCUAGGAUUUUUCUGAGUGCAAUGAACCAACUCCCGAGUCUCUAGGACAAUCCUAAAAAAAUUUGAUUUUUUUCCCAUAGGAAUGCAUGGGUUAGGGUUGGAGCUAGGGUUAGGGUUAGGGUUAGGGUUGGAGUUAGGGUUAGGGUUGGAGUUAGGGUUAGUGUUGGAGCUAGGGUUAGGGUUGGGCUUGGAGCUAGGAUUUUUCUGAGUGCAAUGAACCAACUCCCGAGUCUCUAGGACGUUCCUAAAAAAAUUUGAUUUUUUUCCCAUAGGAAUGCAUGGGUUAGGGUUGGAGCUAGGGUUAGGGUUAGGGUUAGGGUUGGAGUUAGGGUUAGUGUUGGAGCUAGGGUUAGGGUUGGGCUUGGAGCUAGGAUUUUUCUGAGUGGAAUGAACCAACUCCCGAGUCUCUAGGACGUUCCUAAAAAAAUUUGAUUUUUUCCCAUAGGAAUGCAUGGGUUAGGGUUAGGGUUAGGGUUGGAGCUAGGGUUAGGGUUAGGGUUAGGGUUUGAGUUAGGGUUAGUGUUGGAGCUGGGGUUAGGGUUGGGCUUGGAGCUAGGAUUUUUCUGAGUGCAAUGAACCAACUCCCGAGUCUCUAGGACGUUCCUAAAAAAAUUUGAUUUUUUCCCAUAGGAAUGCAUGGGUUAGGGUUAGGGUUAGGGUUAGGGUUGGAGCUAGGGUUAGGGUUAGGGUUAGGGUUGGAGUUAGGGUUAGUGUUGGAGCUAGCGUUAGGGUUGGGCUUGGAGCUAGGAUUUUUCUGAGUGCAAUGAACCAACUCCCGAGUCUCUAGGACGUUCCUAAAAAAAUUUGAUUUUUUUCCCAUAGGAAUGCAUGGGUUAGGGUUGGAGCUAGGGUUAGGGUUAGGGUUAGGGUUGGAGUUAGGGUUAGUGUUGCAGCUAGGGUUAGGGUUGGGCUUGGAGCUAGGAUUUUUCUGAGUGGAAUGAACCAACUCCCGAGUCUCUAGGACGUUCCUAAAAAAAUUUGAUUUUUUUCCCAUAGGAAUGCAUGGGUUAGGGUUGGAGUUAGGGUUAGGGUUAGGGUAAGGGUUGGAGUUAGGGUUAGGGUUGGAGUUAGGGUUAGUGUUGGAGCUAGGGUUAGGGUUGGGCUUGGAGCUAGGAUUUUUCUGAGUGCAAUGAACCAACUCCCGAGUCUCUAGGACGUUCCUAAAAAAAUUUGAUUUUUUCCCAUAGGAAUGCAUGGGUUAGGGUUAGGGUUAGGGUUGGAGCCAGGGUUAGGGUUAGGGUUAGGGUUUGAGUUAGGGUUAGUGUUGGAGCUGGGGUUAGGGUUGGGCUUGGAGCUAGGAUUUUUCUGAGUGCAAUGAACCAACUCCCGAGUCUCUAGGACGUUCCUAAAAAAAUUUGAUUUUUUUCCCUUAGGAAUGCAUGGGUUAGGGUUAGGGUUAGGGUUGGAGCUAGGGUUAGGGUUAGGGUUAGGGUUGGAGUUAGGGUUAGUGUUGGAGCUAGGGUUAGGGUUGGGCUUGGAGCUAGGAUUUUUCUGAGUGCAAUGAACCAACUCCCGAGUCUCUAGGACGUUCCUAAAAAAAUUUGAUUUUUUCCCAUAGGAAUGCAUGGGUUAGGGUUAGGGUUAGGGUUGGAGCUAGGGUUAGGGUUAGGGUUAGGGUUGGAGUUAGGGUUAGUGUUGGAGCUAGGGUUAGGGUUGGGCUUGGAGCUAGGAUUUUUCUGAGUGGAAUGAACCAACUCCCGAGUCUCUAGGACGUUCCUAAAAAAAUUUGAUUUUUUUCCCAUAGGAAUGCAUGGGUUAGGGUUAGGGUUAGGGUUGGAGCUAGGGUUAGGGUUAGGGUUAGGGUUGGAGUUAGGGUUAGUGUUGGAGCUAGGGUUAGGGUUGGGCUUGGAGCUAGGAUUUUUCUGAGUGGAAUGAACCAACUCCCGAGUCUCUAGGACGUUCCUAAAAAAAUUUGAUUUUUUUCCCAUAGGAAUGCAUGGGUUAGGGUUGGAGCUAGGGUUAGGGUUGGAGUUAGGGUUAGGGUUGGAGUUAGGGUUAUUGUUGGAGCUAGGGUUAGGGUUGGGCUUGGAGCUAGGAUUUUUCUGAGUGCAAUGAACCAACUCCCGAGUCUCUAGGACGUUCCUAAAAAAAAUUGAUUUUUUUCCCAUAGGAAUGCAUGGGUUAGGGUUGGGGCUCAGGGUUAGGGGUUAGGGUUAGGGUUUGGAGUUAGGGUUAGUGUUGGAGCUGGGGUUAGGGUUGGGCUUGGAGCUAGGAUUUUUCUGAGUGCAAUGAACCAACUCCCGAGUCUCUAGGACAUUCCUAAAAAAAUGUGAUUUUUUCCCAUAGGAAUGCAUGGGUUAGCGUUUGGGUUAGGGUUGGAGCUAGGGUUAGGGUUAGGGUUAGGGUUGGAGUUAGGGUUAGUGUUGGAGCUAGGGUUAGGGUUGGGCUUGGAGCUAGGAUUUUUCUGAGUGCAAUGAACCAACUCCCGAGUCUCUAGGACGUUCCUAAAAAAAUUUGAUUUUUUCCCAUAGGAAUGCAUGGGUUAGGGUUAGGGUUAGGGUUGGAGCUAGGGUUAGGGUUAGGGUUAGGGUUGGAGUUAGGGUUAGUGUUGGAUGCUAGGGUUAGGGUUGGGCUUGGAGCUAGGAUUUUUCUGAGUGCAAUGAACCAACUCCCGAGUCUCUAGGACGUUCCUAAAAAAAUUUGAUUUUUUCCCAUAGGAAUGCAUGGGUUAGGGUUAGGGUUAGGGAUGGAGCUAGGGUUAGGGUUAGGGUUAGGGUUGGAGUUAGGGUUAGUGUUGGAGCUAGGGUUAGGGUUGGGCUUGGAGCUAGGAUUUUUCUGAGUGCAAUGAACCAACUCCCGAGUCUCUAGGACGUUCCUAAAAAAAAUUGAUUUUUUCCCAUAGGAAUGCAUGGGUUAGGGUUGGAGCUAGGGUUAGGGUUAGGGUUCGGGUUGGAGUUAGGGUUAGGUUUGGAGCUAGGGUUAGGGUUGGGCUUGGAGCUAGGAUUUUUCUGAGUGCAAUGGACCAACUUCCGAGUCUCUAGGACGUUCCUAAAAAAAUUUGAUUUUUUCCCAUAGGAAUGCAUGGGUUAGGGUUAGGGUAAGGGUUGGAGCUAGGGUUAGGGUUAGGGUUAGGGUUGGAGUUAGGGUUAGUGUUGGAGCUAGGGUUAGGGUUAGGGUUAGGGUUGGAGUUAGGGUUAUUGUUGGAGCUAGGGUUAGGGUUGGGCUUGGAGCUAGGAUUUUUCUGAGUGCAAUGAACCAACUCCCGAGUCUCUAGGACGUUCCUAAAAAAUUUUUAUUUUUUCCCAUAGGAAUGCAUGGGUUAGGGUUGGAGCUAGGGUUAGGGUUAGGGUUAGGGUUGGAGUUAGGGUUAGUGUUGGAGCUAUUGUUAGGGUUGGGCUUGGAGCUAGGAUUUUUCUGAGUGCAAUGAACCAACUCCCGAGUCUCUAGGACGUUCCUAAAAAAUUUGAUUUUUUCCCAUAGGAAUGCAUGGGUUAGGGUUAGGGUUAGGGUUGGAGCUAGGGUUAGGGUUAGGGUUAGGGUUGGAGUUAGGGUUAGUGUUGGAGCUAGGGUUAGGGUUGGGCUUGGAGCUAGGAUUUCUCUGAGUGCAAUGAACCAACUCCCAAGUCUCUAGGACGUUCCUAAAAAAAUUUGAUUUUUUCCCAUAGGAAUGCAUGGGUUAGGGUUAGGGUUAGGGUUGGAGCUAGGGUUAGGGUUAGGGUUAGGGUUGGAGUUAGGGUUAGUGUUGGAGCUAGGGUUAGGGUUGGGCUUGGAGCUAGGAUUUCUCUGAGUGCAAUGAACCAACUCCCGAGUCUCUAGGACGUUCCUAAAAAAAUUUGAUUUUUUCCCAUAGGAAUGCAUGGGUUAGGGUUAGGGUUAGGGUUAGGGUUGGAGUUAGGGUUAGGGUUGGAGCUAGGGUUAGGGUUGGGCUUGGAGCUAGGAUUUUUCUGAGUGCAAUGAACCAACUCCCGAGUCUCUAGGACGUUCCUAAAAAAUUUGAUUUUUUCCCAUAGGAAUGCAUGGGUUAGGGUUAGGGUUAGGGUUGGAGCUAGGGUUAGGGUUAGGGUUGGAGUUAGGGUUAGUGUUGGAGCUAGGGUUAGGGUUGGGCUUGGAGCUAGGAUUUUUCUGAGUGCAAUGAACCAACUCCCGAGUUUCUAGGACGUUCCUAAAAAAAUUUGAUUUUUUCCCAUAGGAAUGCAUGGGUUAGGGUUAGGGUUAGGGUUGGAGCUAGGGUUAGGGUUAGGGUUAGGGUUAGGGUUGGAGUUAGGGUUAGUGUUGGAGCUAGGGUUAGGGUUGGGCUUGGAGCUAGGAUUUUUCUGAGUGCAAUGAACCAACUCCCGAGUCUCUAGGACGUUCCUAAAAAAAUUUGAUUUUUUCCCAUAGGAAUGCAUGGGUUAGGGUUAGGGUUAGGGUUGGAGUUAGGGUUAGGGUUGGAGCUAGGGUUAGGGUUGGGCUUGGAGCUAGGAUUUUUCUGAGUGCAAUGAACCAACUCCCGAGUCUCUAGGACGUUCCUAAAAAAUUUGAUUUUUUCCCAUAGGAAUGCAUGGGUUAGGGUUAGGGUUAGGGUUAGGGUUGGAGUUAGGGUUAGGGUUGGAGCUAGGGUUAGGGUUGGGCUUGGAGCUAGGAUUUUUCUGAGUGCAAUGAACCAACUCCCGAGUCUCUAGGACGUUCCUAAAAAAUUUGAUUUUUUCCCAUAGGAAUGCAUGGGUUAGGGUUAGGGUUAGGGUUGGAGCUAGGGUUAGGGUUAGGGUUAGGGUUGGAGUUAGGGUUAGUGUUGGAGCUAGGGUUAGGGUUGGGCUUGGAGCUAGGAUUUCUCUGAGUGCAAUGAACCAACUCCCGAGUCUCUAGGACGUUCCUAAAAAAAUUUGAUUUUUUCCCAUAGGAAUGCAUGGGUUAGGGUUAGGGUUAGGGUUAGGGUUAGGGUUGGAGUUAGGGUUAGGGUUGGAGCUAGGGUUAGGGUUGGGCUUGGAGCUAGGAUUUUUCUGAGUGCAAUGAACCAACUCCCGAGUCUCUAGGACGUUCCUAAAAAAUUUGAUUUUUUUCCCAUAGGAAUGCAUGGGUUAGGGUUAGGGUUAGGGUUGGAGCUAGGGUUAGGGUUAGGGUUGGAGUUAGGGUUAGUGUUGGAGCUAGGGUUAGGGUUGGGCUUGGAGCUAGGAUUUUUCUGAGUGCAAUGAACCAACUCCCGAGUUUCUAGGACGUUCCUAAAAAAAUUUGAUUUUUUCCCAUAGGAAUGCAUGGGUUAGGGUUAGGGUUAGGGUUGGAGCUAGGGUUAGGGUUAGGGUUAGGGUUGGAGUUAGGGUUAGUGUUGGAGCUAGGGUUAGGGUUGGGCUUGGAGCUAGGGAUUUUUCUGAGUGCAAUGAACCAACUCCCGAGUCUCUAGGACGUUCCUAAAAAAAUUUGAUUUUUUCCCAUAGGAAUGCAUGGGUUAGGGUUAGGGUUAGGGUUAGGGUUAGGGUUGGAGUUAGGGUUAGGGUUGGAGCUAGGGUUAGGGUUGGGCUUGGAGCUAGGAUUUUUCUGAGUGCAAUGAACCAACUCCCGAGUCUCUAGGACGUUCCUAAAAAAUUUGAUUUUUUCCCAUAGGAAUGCAUGGGUUAGGGUUAGGGUUAGGGUUAGGGUUGGAGUUAGGGUUAGGGUUGGAGCUAGGGUUAGGGUUGGGCUUGGAGCUAGGAUUUUUCUGAGUGCAAUGAACCAACUCCCGAGUCUCUAGGACGUUCCUAAAAAAUUUGAUUUUUUCCCAUAGGAAUGCAUGGGUUAGGGUUAGGGUUAGGGUUGGAGCUAGGGUUAGGGUUAGGGUUAGGGUUGGAGUUAGGGUUAGUGUUGGAGCUAGGGUUAGGGUUGGGCUUGGAGCUAGGAUUUUUCUGAGUGCAAUGAACCAACUCCCGAGUCUCUAGGACGUUCCUAAAAAAAUUUGAUUUUUUCCCAUAGGAAUGCAUGGGUUAGGGUUAGGGUUAGGGUUGGAGCUAGGGUUAGGGUUAGGGUUGGGGUUGGAGUUAGGGUUAGUGUUGGAGCUAGGGUGAGGGUUGGGCUUGGAGCUAGGAUUUUUCUGAGUGCAAUGAACCAACUCCCGAGUCUCUAGGACGUUCCUAAAAAAAUUUGAUUUUUUCCCAUAGGAAUGCAUGGGUUAGGGUUAGGGAUAGGGUUAGGGUUGGAGUUAGGGUUAGGGUUGGAGCUAGGGUUAGGGUUGGGCUUGGAGCUAGGAUUUUUCUGAGUGCAAUGAACCAACUCCCGAGUCUCUAGGACGUUCCUAAAAAAUUUGAUUUUUUCCCAUAGGAAUGCAUGGGUUAGGGUUAGGGUUAGGGUUGGAGUUAGGGUUAGGGUUGGAGUUAGGGUUAGGGUUGGAGCUAGGGUUAGGGUUGGGCUUGGAGCUAGGAUUUUUCUGAGUGCAAUGAACCAACUCCCGAGUCUCUAGGACGUUCCUAAAAAAUUUGAUUUUUUCCCAUAGGAAUGCAUGGGUUAGGGUUAGGGUUAGGGUUAGGGUUAGGGUUGGAGUUAGGGUUAGGGUUGGAGCUAGGGUUAGGGUUAGGGUUAGGGUUGGAGCUAGGGUUAGGGUUAGGGUUAAGGUUGGAGCUAGGGUUAGGGUUAGGUUUAGGGUUAGGGUUGGAGCUAAGGUUAGGGUUAGGGUUAGAGCUAGGGUUAGGGUUAGGGUUAGGGUUGGGGUUAAUAAAACAACUUUAACGAUGCAAGUUUUCUAAAACACUCAGUUUUACAAUGAUAUUCCAAGACUCAGAAUCAAACUUAAGGGCUGAGAGUAAAAAUCUGCAGUUCCUCCAGGUUCCACCAGAGGCUGUGUCCAGAAAUGAGUCAGUCCCCAUAGAGCCCCAUGUUAAAAUGUCCAACUUUACAGCAGGGAUAAACCUUUGUCACAGCCUCGCACAAAAAAUGACGGGAACUUCUGGAAGUUUGAUUAUCAGACUGCAUAAAGAAAACCUUUAGAUUACUUUUAGAGUUUGCAGCAGACAGAGUGAAUGUGGGGCUGAAACUGAAACACUCUAUUUGGUUGUUUCAGAUAUUUGUAAGAAGCUGGACAAUCAGACUGACGCUCCUGAACAGCUGUUUAUCAAGGUGAGAACAUGGUCCACAUCUGCAGCUUGUUUACUACCUGACUGAAUUUCACUCAGACUUCAAUCUGUUUCUAACCUUUGACUUGUCCCAGUCUACUAACAGCUCCUUCCUUCAUCUCUGAUUGGUGGAUAUAAAGAGUUCUGUGUGCACCUGUGCAGGUGAAGGAGGUGGAUCAAAGCGGAUCCUGGUUUGAAGACGGGAUGAAGCUGGAGGCCAUCGACCCUCUGAACCUGUCCACUAUCUGCGUGGCCACAGUCAGGAAGGUCAGGACAGAAGUUGAUCCUGCUCCUCUCCCUGCUCUCCUCUCUCCACCCGUGGCUGCCUGAUAGUUUGAAUCUGAUAGACAGCAUGUUAAAGACACAGAUAAAAACACAAAUAUUUAAACAAAACAAAUUUAGCUGCAAAUAAAAAAAACAGGCCAGAAAAACUAAAAAACACAACUCAUCAGCAAAUACCCAAUACAGAAAUAUACAUCAUCUCUGACAAAACAGAAAAAUUCAGCUCAUCCGGUUAUUACAAUGAAAAGAUGUUCCAUUCCGUGCCUCCUACAGACCAGGCCAAUAAACCCCGCCCCCUUCUAACCAGCUCUCUCUCUCUGGUCAGGUGCUGGCAGACGGGUACCUGAUGAUCGGGAUUGAUGGAUCUGAGGCAGCUGACGGCUCCGACUGGUUCUGUUAUCACUCCACCUCUCCUUCCAUCUUCCCCGCCGGUUUCUGUGAGAUCAACAACAUUGAGCUGACACCCCCCAGAGGUACAACAAAAAACUGCAGGACCUCUGAAUGGACCUAAACCUAAUCAAUCAAGUUUUAUUUGUGUAACAUCAUGUUCACAACAAAUGUUAUCUCCAGAUGAUUUACAAAAAGAGCAACUCAUCAAUAUCAACAUCAAUCCUGCUCCACUGGUGUGUGUUUUAGUAAAUCUACCGACCUCUGAUUCUGAAUGGUUAUUACAAGUGUUAUUUCUGACCAUACAGUUAUUUAUUUUUGGUGCAGAGUCAAACCUUCUCUUGUUCUGGUUUCCGUCAGGUUACGUCGCUCUUCCCUUCAAGUGGUUCGAGUACCUGAAGGAGUGUCAGGCUGUGGCGGCUCCUGUUACCCUCUUUAAUAAGGUCAGAGAUCUUCAACUAAUUCAGAUAAAUUAAUGUUUGAAUUUUUGACUUUGAUGUGUAAUAAAUGCAGUAAAUUAACUGUCUUGGAUUUAAUCCGUAACAACACAGAUUUACUGUCACUAAAUGGUAAUAACCUCCGUCCAGCAGGAAGUUCCUAACCAUGGUUUCCAGCCCGGGAUGAAGCUGGAAGCUGUUGACCUCAUGGAGCCCAGGCUGGUCUGUGUCGCCACGGUGACCCGCAUCGUCCACCGGUUGCUACGCAUUCACUUUGACGGCUGGGAGGACGAGUACGAUCAGUGGGUGGACUGUGAGUCACCGGACCUUUACCCAGUGGGCUGGUGUCAGCUGACCGGGUACCAGCUGCAGCCGCCCGCUGUCAAUGCAGGUCAGAUUAUAAACACAAUAUAAAACUACAUAUACUUCAGUGAAAGUGCAGUUCUUUACCUGUGGUACUGCAGUACGAUGACUGAUUAUACUGUUACAUUGGAUGAUAUAUGUGUGUGUGUGUGGUUAAGGCUCCAGAGAUCUUCAGUCAGCAGCUUCCAAACAGAGGAAGAAGUCCCAGCAGUACAAAGGACAGAAGAAAAGUACGUCUGUGUGUCAGGAAUAAACUCAGCUGGCACGCUUCAACAUGAAUUUUAAAUCAGAUCAUUUCCUGUCAGUCAGAGGUUUUAUUUUGAUAAUGACUUCCUGUCCCUGUCAGAGAGGAAGUUACCCAUCGCUAAGCGACCUGUCAGCCUCUCCGGUGCCAUGGUAACAGGCAUCCCAAGGAGCUUAUCAGGGGACGAGAACGAGACUCCGCCUGAUUACCCAUCACCCCCUACUCCUGCCUCAGCAGCCCAGCCCCCCACCGUGGACCCUGAGAGCAGCCCGGACACCAAGGGGGGGGCAGGUAUGAAAAAUGUAUAAAUUAUAAUAAAAUAUUUUAAGAACUAUUUUAAUAAAUAAGUUAUUCAUGUUCAAACCUUCACUUUGGAUCUGACUGUGAUACUUGAAAGCAGACCCAUCACUGAAGGGGGAAGGAGAUUUCACAUUUUUGAAGAGAGCUUUUUUAACUUUUUUAGAAAUUUUAUUAAACCGAACACAUAGUGUAUGUAGGACUGGGCGAUAUAUCGGUAUAAGAAAUAUAUCAAUAUAUUUUUAAAUGAGAUAUGGAAUUGGACCAUAUCGCUCAUAUCGAUAUACAUAUAUCAGAUAUCAGCGCUGGUUUCAGGAAAUUAAGAAUAAUCCCGGAAAUAUCGAGAGCUUUUUGGCUUCAAAUCCGUAUACAGGUGGUAGGCGGAACCAAGUUGUCCAUAGUUUAUACAGUCUAUGCUUGUGAAGUGUCGUAUUUGGCUUUGACUAAACAUUUGCGCUCACUUUGUGAAAACAAUAUCAGGAUAUAUAUCGAUAUUCAGCCUAAAUAUAUUGGGAUAUGCUUUUUGGUCCAUAUCGCCCAGCCCCCUAAGUGUAUAUUAACUUUUUGCACUUAUUUUUAAUAUUACAUCUACUCAUUCUCAUAUUUCUGUACCUGAUGUGUCUCUAGAGUUUUAUUGCUCAGCCUUUAGUUCUUCAUGUUGUUUGUUUAAAACAUGAGAAUAAACUGAUAGAUGAUCAUGCAGCUGGAAAUAUAUAGUUUUAUAUUUUUAACCCCGUCCUGAACCUGAACUCUGAUCAUUUCUGCAGGUGUUCAGGUGAGAGAGGAGAGCAUGGAGGGCUCAGAGUUCACCUCAGAGAGGACUGAAACACACACACAGAUCAGCUGAGGGAGGGGUCAACAACCAGGACCAGUAGGACUGAAACACACCCCUCUGUUUAUCACUUCGUCCUUCUUUUUAUCACUCUAUCCAUUUGUCCAUCUCUAUCAUCCCUUUCUUUCUCUCCAUCUGUAUCUUUUAUUGGAGAUUUAAAUCGUCCAAUCAGCUCUCAGAGGGAUGCUACAGCUAGCUCACCAGCUUCUUCCUUUUCUUCUUCUUCUUCUCUCUUUUUUCUGACCAGCGUAGAGACCAUUGCUAUGAAUCCCUCUGUAUGAGGAAAUCACUGUCUUUACAUUUUAAAGUCACCAAAGCUGAAUUUCAGCAGUGCUUUGAAUGGGUUUGUUUUAUUUUGUAAUCUAUGUUUUAUUUAUCGUUCUUUCUUUCCUCUACAACCAAAUACAUCUCACACCUUUUUUUAAAAAUGAAGGAAAAAAACUGAUUUGUUGCUAAAAGUGCUGAAAAUACUCUUAACUCCUCUGACUGAGCGACGGCAGCAAAAAAGUAAAAAGUUACAGGAAAAUUUUCAGAAUGAAGAGGAAUACAAAAAAAGGGCAGAGACAGUUCCCUCUUUAGUCUCUAUAAGAGAAAAGGGAACAAGAUAAAAACACAAAAAUAAAAACUUUUGUAUGUUUUUAAAAAACAGAUUUCUGUCAGAGACGAAGGUGAGCUUCAAAAGUUCAUGAGUCAAACUCUGAAAACUUCAAAACAGAAAAAACUCUGACGGAAAAACUUUCAGACAACCUUCAUGAGAGAGGUCGUCUGUUAAUGAAAAAAACAAGAGUGUGUGUGUUAAUGUAUGUGUGAAUGUGUGUGUUAAUCCGUGUGUGUGUGUGUGUGUGUGUGUGUGUUUUCAGGAUGUUCUCAAGAGUAAAGCAGCAUUCAGGAGCCUCAGCAGUCGAUCUGUUUCAGUUUUAAAAUGUGAAUUAAAGUGUUUUUGAGUCGUGUUCAGCAGCUCACCAUGUGCGUGUGUGUGUGUGUGUGUGUGUGUGUGUGUGUGUGUGUGUGUGUGUGUGUGUGUGUGUGUGUGUGUUGGCAAACUCAAAGCUGAUUCUUUGCUUUAAACCUCACUCUGUUAAACAAUUAAAACAGUAAAAAAAAAAGGUGAAAAGUUGAAAUUAUCUUUGUGAAAAAUCAUCAUUAAAUCAUUUUAUUGAUAUGAAGAAUAAAUAACUGUGUGUGUGUGCGUAUGUGUGUGUUUGUGUGUGUGUGCGCUCAGCGUAUCUGCAAUAAAUAAAUGUUUCAGUGUUACAUUCAGAGAUUUAAAAAAAUGUCUGAUUUUAAAUAUUUUAACACCAAAAUACCAUUUUUAGCAGCCGGACCAACCUGACUAAAGGUUAUAAAAUAUAAAAAAUAAGAAGAUAUUACCGACGAUGAAGAGCAGAAAUGUUUAAUGUAUUUACAUCUUUACUCAAAAACAAUUAAUACCUCAGAAUAAAAGCAGAAAUAUUAUCAGAUUGACAUCAGCAGAUUUUAGCUCCAAGAGUUUAUUACAGCGUCUUAAAAUGUUCAUAUGAGCUACUAAAUAUCAGCUCAAUCUAAAAUGAUGUCUCUGUAAACAAGGGUUUAAUUCAUGACUUUAAAAUACUAAUUAUUACAAACGCUCUAAAGAGUUUAUUCAUUUAAAGAAGUCAAUUUAUCAGAGUAAGAAAACAGGAAAUUAAAACAUUUAUAAUUGUUAUAGAUAAUUUAAUUUAUAAAACAAAAUGUGAGCCACAGAUUCAGACAGAAAAGAUUUAAAAUAAUCAAACUCACAAAAAAUAUAAAAGAACCAGAACUGAAGCUAAAACUGGAACUAGUCUUAGGUCUGUCUGCAGCUGAAUGUGGAUAAAUGAGAACAUGCUCACAUGUGAGAUAGUUAACUGAAUCAGCUGUGUGUGUUUCUGUUCAUCUCAUAGUUUACUUAUCUGUAUACAAACACACCCCUGAAAACACAUGAAUUAAGAUUUUUUUUAAAAGUGUUAAAAACAACAGCAUAAGCAGUUUAUGUAAAUAAGGGAUAAAAAAAAAACUACCUGCAGCUCCUACAAAAUAAAAGCAGGUUGAAUUUUUUCAUGUUUUACAAAUUGAAGUUUGUCUGUUCUUCAGUAAAAGAGGAUAGAUUAAAAAAACGCACAAAUAACCUGCUACAGGGCUCACAGUGUUUGACAAAAUCUGUGUGAAUGUGUGUGUGCGAAUGCGUGUGUGUUUUACAGUGUGUGUGUGUGUGUGUGUGUGUGUGUGUGAGUGUGUGCAUGCAUCAGUCAGAGCUGUCUGCUCUCUGGUCCAGUUCCUCUCUCUCUUCGUCUCUUUCUCUAGUGAAUCUUCAGUGUUCGUCGUCCGUCCGUCCGUCUGGUUGAUAAUGAUGACGUCUCUGUUUCUUGGUGUUUCUGUAUCUUGGUGCUCUCUGUAUAUAAAUCACAGUAAAUCCAGUUUUUAUGAGCUCACUCUGACAGAUUAUCUCUGACUUUGUAUGAAGAGGUUGUAUUCUGUGAUUUGUAAUCCGAACGCUGUGUGUUUUUAACGCCUUUGGGGUACAUUGAGCAGUUUUGUUAAUUUUUUUUGAGUAUUUUUUCUCUGUCAGUGGAGCUUGUUCAAACUACAGCUCAGUGAAAACGCCUCCCUGUCUGUCAGUUUGUGAUGUUUGUGAGUCAAGAACAGGAAGGACUGGAUGUUUGAACAUGAAUACAUUAAUGGGUCAGUAUUUUCUCAGAUUGUGUUCAUAAAAGAGAAAAAAAUGAGCGUCAGUUGAGUCGGCAGACCAAGUCCAGCUGAGGUUCCUCUUAAAUACCUACUGGUGACUAAAACCUUUGGAUUUUUACAAUUUUUCUGAUGUUAGAGUUUGUUUUAUAAUAGACUGAGAUCUAAGAAAACUCACCGUAAACAGAUGAAUUAAAACCUAAAGUUUAAAUUUCCCCUCAGGGAUAAAUAAAUUUGGAGUGUUUUUACACCUUUUAAAGUUUAUCACUAACCACAGCUGAUCUACUGCUCUGUACGACUCAUUCAGAUCCUCUUCUUUAAAGAUCAGAAACGUCAUGGAUCUGGUUUUCUAUCGUGUUUGCUGUAAAACGUCACAUUUUCAGUCUGUGUAUUCAGACCUCCAUCAGACUGAGCUGAUGGAGACUGAGACUCUGAGCUGCAGACAUCACUCAGUUUACAGUGUUUCUUUACUGGAUAAAAAAAAAAAAGAGUCAUUUUGGAUUAACGUAAAAUAGGAAUUUAAUCCAGUCCAUGUCAGUCUUCUUGCUGGUGCUGUGAACUGGAGGUUCACUGAGCUCUGCAACUCAGAGAUGUUUAAAAUAAAUCUGAACAUUUAAACUGUGUGAGAGAAAGAGAUGUUGUUCUGUACUAAUGUUAACCUUCAUGAAGCUUUUUCUAAUAUUGUGCAAUCUCUGGCAGCAUGAUUGUGAAUAAAUUAUCACGUGUAGAUGACCCAUUUUACAUUUUUAUGCAAUAAAAACAUUUAGAGAAAAAAGGCAAAUGUGUUUUUAUUUCUUUGCUGAUUUUUUCAAUAAUUAUUUGGCUUAAUACAAACUCAUUCCAUCAAAUAUUUCCACACAGUGAGAGUAGUAUUUGGGAAGUUCAUAUCAGUAUGCACAUUUAGUUUGUGUUAGCUUUGGUAAAAAAAAAACAUGGAGAAUAUUUUUGAUGUUACUCUAGAUUUAUUUGGAGUUUUCUUAACUUUGAAUUGGAGGUUUAAAGGGUAAGUGGAAAAUGGGAGAAAGAGACGGGAAAUAAAAGGCGAGGAGGCUAAAAUACAAAGAGCUGAAGGAGUGAACGAGACAUCAACCAAAGUGAAGAAAACGGGCAUGAAAACAGACCAGCUCUGUCAGAGUCACAGCAGUGAUAGAGUGAGAGGAGAUCACCAUCAGGGACAUGAAUUUCUUAAUAAUAAUAAUAAUAAUAAUAAUAAUAAUAAUAAUAAUAAUAAUAAUAAUAUCUUACAUUUAUAUAGCGCCUUUCAGGAUACCUAAGGCGCUUAACAACACACUACAAAAAAAAACUAACUAAAUACCAAAAGCCUGAAUAAACAAGUGUCACUUCAGAGCAGACUUGAAAGAGUCAAGAGUCUGUGCUUGGCGAAUCUCAGAGGGGAGAGAGUUCCAGAGAGGAUUCUUCAUGGAAUUGCAAUCAGACUGAGACACUCAGGCAGAAUAACUACUGUGUCUGCAGUGCAAAAUGAUUAAUAUGGGGAUUAUUAAUUCAAGGAAAUGAUGAAGAAACGACCAUAAAUGUUCUUCCUUGAGCUGCGUCACCCCACUGUAGUCCAUAAUGGACUGGUUGAGGUCUCACUACAAACAAGCGGCUGCUGGAAGAGAGUAGGUGAGUUGUGUUUCAUCUCUUUGCUAAAAUUAGGCAAAGUUAAAAAGAUGUUUGGUGGCUAGUGCUGUGUCUGGGACCCUAUAUGUACUGUUGAUGAAGUUAGGUGCUGUUCUGAGCUUUAUUUGUGGCUAUAGAGUGGUGCUUUGGUUGAGGUUUGUUUAUGGCUCCUCAGACCGCUGUGUAUUGUUAUCCUGCGGUCGUUACUAGAGUUGGUAUGACUGGAGAAGCAAGCGGUCAGCAAUAUUAAUCUCUGGAGGGGAUGUCUAACUCAGUGUUAUGGUGUGUUUGACCCUAAAUUAAUUUUACGCUGGAACAUCCUUUUAAGAUCGCCUGACUAAAGGUAAAUCUGACUGUCAUCAGCAUAAUAAGUGAGUUUAUCACCACACCUGAAUCUGAUGUGUUUGGACCUUCACAGACCACCCAGCAGGUCUGAGGGUCCCCCUGCUGCUGUUCAGAGAGACUGCAGGUAUCUACGUCAUGCUCUUUAUGGUUCUAAACAUGUUCGCAGGAAAAAAACUUCAACACUGAGACAGUUUGUCGUCAACAUGAGACUUUAUUCAUCUGUGCUGCAUGUUUCAGACUGAAGAAUGAAGACUGAGUCUGAGGAUUGACUGCAGGGAGGACAUUAGUAAGGAGGGAGGGACGGGUCAUCUUGUUGAUGGGGUCCAGGUGGGCAGAGUUUACUGGUUGAUGGUGGGAGGGUUUACUCGUACAGCCAGGGCUGGGCGCAGGGGGUGUAGGCGACGAACUCCUCAGCCUUGAACCACAGGUCAACCUCAAUCUUGGCGUUCUCCAGGGUGUCGCUGCCGUGGAUGAUGUUCCUGAUGGAGAGAGAGUGAUCAUUAGGAUGUGAUCAUAUACUGUCAUCAGACUUUAACCAUGUAAAUAAAGCUGAAGGUGCGAGUACACCUGAGCUCACCUGCCGAUGUUGAUGCACAGGUCUCCACGGAUGCUGCCAGGCUUGGAGUCAGCGGGGUUGGUCUCACCCAGCAUCAUCCUGGCCAGCUUCACAAUGUUCUGACCCUCCCACACCUGUGGACACAAUGACACACCUGUCACCUGUGGACUCACACUGAUAGAGGCUAUAGCUGAUGAUCAGAUGAAACCUGAUGGUCAGAUUUAAUCUUAUAACCUGUUUACAUUUGAUAAUAAGAUUGAUUUUAGAACACAAUUGAAUCAUUUAAUCAGAUUUCAUUUUAAAGUCAAACAAUAGAAUACAAUUAAACCACAUAAUCAACAUAAUCUGAUAGCCAGAUGAAACCAGGAUUGUUCAGGUAAAGGUUUAUCACACUGAAUAAAACAAAGUUCAGCACAGAGGGGAAAUAUGGGGAAAUAUGUUUCACUGUUUAACUUGUGAAUCCAAUGAAAAUACAUCUUACAGCAGAGUGAAAUCUGACUAUGGCUCGUUUAGCUUAGCAUAAGUUAGCACAAGUUUCUGUUUGUAAUUCCCGCCAUAAAGACAAUAUCAUCAGCAAACAUGACCUCCACAUCAACAGCAAUGCUGAUAUUAUAUUUAUUGUCUCAAAGCUGGUAAACAGAGUCUAUUGCCGGAGAGAGACCGAUGCUGGGAGUCUGAAGAGUGUAUAAAAACCGUUCAUCAGAAACACCUAAGAGAGACUCUGAUCCGACCAAGUGUCCUUCUAGAGGUCAUGACCUCUGGGUGAGAAAACGAUACUGACUCUAUAAACAGGGAGAGAGAGAGAGACAGAGACAGAGACACGGAGAGACCUUGAACAACAAAGAGGGUGUGAAGAGAGAACAUGGACAGCUGGGUGAGAGAAAGAAAGAGAGAGAGAAAAAAACAGAGGGGGGGGUGUUUAUGUUGAUUAAAUGUAGAGCGAUAAAAAAAGAAAGAAAUCUGUUAGAGUGUCAGAGAUGUUCAGGGUGUCCAUGUGUUAGUGAGCUGUACAACAGAUUUUUCUGUGCGUGUGUGUUAGCGUUACCAUGGCGAGGACGGGUCCAGAGGACAUGUAUUUGCAGAGUCCAGCGUAGAAAGGCAUGUCCUUCAGGUCCUGGUAGUGCUUCUUCAUGUGGUCCUCAGAUGCCUGACAAACAAACACAAAUUAACUUUUGGGUUUAUUUUGAUAAUGAGACAAGAACAGUAACUUAACUUUGUUUGUUUGUUUUAUAUAUAACUAUGAAAUAUCUGAUGAAAACUCCCGUUCACUACCUUACUUAUAAACUGUAAGUAACAAAGUAAUACAGUGUUUAUUACACACCUUACUCUUGCUGAGUCCAAAUCUGAGUAGAAUUGAUCAAAUUUCCAUCGUAAUUUUAUUUGCUGAUGACUCUGAUGUUUAUUUGUGUUUGGUAAAGAUCAAAACAGCAGCUCAGUUAGUAAAAGUCAACAUCAUAUUCUGAUUUCACAUGAAUACACAAGCUUUUUUAAUGCAGAGGAAGAAAUAUAAACCUCUAUGCUGAUGAUGCUCUGCUGUUUAUCUCUGCCCCAACAUAUUUCUGUUUGGUCCAGUUCAUGUUGUUUCUAAUGUCAAUUUCUGAGUUCAUCCACAUUUGUAGAAAGUUACUUUUAAAUACUCAGACAGUGUGGAGUUUAUUAAAACACACUCGCAGUGUAGGGAUCAACAAAGCUAAACCCACGGCGUGGUAUGACUGUGAUGAGUGUGUGACAGUGAGAGAAGUAUGAGUCCUUCAGGGACGAUCAACAACUCAGCAGCUGACACCUCCUCGCCAAACACCUCCUCACCAAACACCUCCUCAACCCCCCUGACUCUUAUUGGAGGAGUGAGAGAGGAUUUUCUGAGUCACACUGAUUUUUUUUCUUUACUGAGAUGUGUCAGUCAAAAAAAUAUACUGUACACACAUAUAUGUAUAAAAUAACUGUAUUGAAACCCUGGUCCACCUGUCUUCAUGGUUACCUGCAUGAAUUUGGCGGCAACCAGCCUGAAGCCUCUGGUCUCAAAACGCUUGAUGAUCUCACCACACAGACCUCUCUGGACGCCAUCGGGCUUCACAGCAAUGAAGGUACGCUCCAUGUCGGCUGAGAGAAGGCUGUGGAUACAAAACACCACAAAAGAAGAAGAAGAAAAGGUCCAAUUUAAAAUAAGGAUAUAAUGACAAAAGGUAAAAAGUGUGUAAAGAACAAAUUUAAAAACCUCAUGGUCCAUUUACAGCAAGAACAAAACAUGCAGAUAUCACUGAGGAUCAAAGAGGUCUCAAUUUACUACCUUAGUUAAUUAGUGUUUAAAGCCACGUGAUGGUCUGAAAAAUCAUCAAUAAUAGUUACAUCUAUUUAACAAUCUGUGAGAAAAUGCCAGAAAGAAGGGACGGACUUUCACUCAGUUUCAAACAGGCAUUAAGACUUCAGACCUGUAUUAUAUCUAAUGUCCAGCAGGGGGCGACUCCACUGACUGGAUUUCUGAGAUCACUCUGAUCAGUCAAGGAUGUCCAAGGAUCCCUGGUUAUAUCAGCAGCAUUUGCACUUUUCAGGAGUUCCAUGUGAUUGUUUUGUGUCUCACAGAGGUCCUGCUCAUGUGUCUUAUAGCCUGUAGGGAUCACAGGUUUGUUUGUUAUGUGUUACUCAGUGAUUGUGGAUGACAGCAGUCAGUAUCACCUGCUGAUCACCUGUUUAGUGUCUGAGCUUCAUUACUCCUCAUUACAGAGCUUCAGUCUGCUGGAUGUGAAAUCAGAUCAGUCCUCUGAGUGUCUCUGGCAGCGUUUUCUUCUCUGUCAGCUCGCAGACAGCACUCAGUGAAAGAUGACACUGGCUCAGACAAAGCUUCGGCUUUCUAAUUUUACUGCCUGUUGGUUUCUGUUCAUGUGAAGCUGAUACCAGCUGAAAGCAGGUGGCUCUGGCAGGAAUUCAGGCUGAGAGAGUGGAAAAAACCCUGACAGCUUCAGAGUGAUGUUUCUGAGAGUCUAAUUAGGGUUCAGGGUCAAAGAUUCAGGUUCUAUUCUGCUGACUAAUCAAAAAUAAACACUGUAUGACUCCCUCUAGGCCCGUGAGGCCCUGUGACAGUGGACAGACGGACACUUUUUGUCCAGUAAUGUCAGCUUAACAGCUUUGACAGCACUGAUCAGAUUUCUGCUCAAUUAACUUUUAAUAAUCACUGCUCUCAAAGGAUAAUGGAUGUAAAUUCUAACACUGUAGCGCCAUCUUUAGGCCAAAAUCUACCCUCACCUGAUUUUUUUUGAUCGGCACAAUGGAAACUCAGAGGAUUUUAGAUAUGCAGCUAGUCAGACAGUUAUCAGUAAAGACAGCAGGAUACCUGACCAGGUACAACUGAGCCACGACUAUUGACUCUCCGAGUCAGUGUUAACAAUUGCUCCUCUGUCUAAUUAACGCAUGUGUAUUAAUGAUCUGCUUCAACACGUAAACACUAAAAGCAUCCACCCCUUUUUCGGACAAUAUGUCAUCCCUGUCUGCUACUUUGAGUUAAUAACUAUCACACUAUAAUCUUUAAAUCAGGUGACCUUGAAGUGACCUUGUAGUGACCUUGCUUUCACACUUUCACUCUGAGGGUUUUAUGACUUUUUCAUAAUUUUCUUUGGUGUCCAUUUGGUAAACCAAACUUUUAAUAUAAAGUUAUUAGAAAAUUCAGUUUGACAAGUAUAGAUUACACUAAAUCACACAUUUUUACAAUUACAAAUAAGAAAAACGUGACGAUAACUUAAGUCAACAUCAAACUCUGGCAAUAAGAUGUGAAAUUGCAGACAGUUUAGAGAGUUCCUACAUGUCCCUGAACUCAACAGCUGACCUUGACCUCUAAAUAAGGAGGAUAGCGUCCUGUGUGAAAUAAUUCAUGGUAUUUCGUUGAUUUGCUCAGGACAGUGCAAAUCACAAAAACAAUUGUUUCAAAUGAACGUAAUAAAUUAUGUUAGAUAUAUAAAGUACAUACUAUAGAUGUUGGUCACAUAUAAAUAAAUCACCAAUUGUCACUCUAACUCAGUCAGCACUGUGCGAGGCCAUCUUUCAGCCAAUCAGAAGAGGGCUUACUGGGAGGUGGAGUGUCAGCAGAGAGCAGCUGUUUGAAGCACAUGGUACUCAGGGACAAUUGUAUCUAAACCUGUUUGUGUUUCAACUCUAAUCAAACCAAAGACAACCAAACAAACCACUCCAAGUUUAGGAGAGUAAAUAUUUGCUUUAACCACUCCUUUUUGUUAUUUUAAUUAUUAAUCACGUCUCUGUAUUUUUGUGGUUUGUGGUUGUGGCAAUUGAAGUAGAUGGAUCUAAGUUCUGUUGAAGUUUUAAAUCAGAGUCUUAGGUUGAAGUAGACGGAUCUAAUCUAAAAAUCCUUCUGCAGAAGUCUGAGUCCUUCUUGGAGAUUUCACUUUUCCACACACACGUUUGCAGUAAAAUGAUGAUUUAUGAUCCUGUUUUCAAACAGUGAUUAAAAAGAACAGACACCUGGUUCCUUUUUACAUCUGAGCUCUAACUUUGAGGAUUGACUCUGAUUUCUCUGUGAGUGAAUGUGAACUUGUAUUUUGGUCCAUGAAUGCUCCAUUCAGUUUGCAGCUGUCAAGCAAUCACAGCAGGACAACCACGUGUUGAUGCUGGGGAACAGAUGGACACAACUUUCUCAAGUAAAAUAAGACUGAAUUUACUGUGCUUCCUUUCACUGCAUCAAUAUAACCGAGUCAUUUCAGAAAUCCUAAGAGAUAAAGUCAGAAAUGAGUCUGCAGAUGCUGCAGACUUACAGUAGAGACAACUGGUGGACAACCACUGAUACUGAUCGUGACAGUGAAGUAAGUUAGAGCAGCUGAGACAGAGACGGGGAGUUACAAAUUUUCACUUAACUUUAACAUUAAAUCAUAUCUCUGAGAGGUGAAGAAAAGGUGUUUCUCAUGGCAGCCUGUCCCUGAAGUAUAUAAUCACAGGCUGACACUGCUGAGUGUCUCUGAGCUGCUUUUCUGGGUUAGAUUUGAUUUCAGGUGGUUUUAAUAUUUUUAAAUGGAGAACUCACAAUGUUGUGUGUGUGUGUGCGUGCGUGCAUGUGUGCGUGCGAGCGUGUGUGUGUGAAAUAUCUACCUUGGUUUGGGGUUCAGGAGAACUUGUGAAGACGAGCAGCGGGGAUGCGAUCACCAAGGCCAAAGACUCGAAGAGGGGCUCUAUUUAAAGGUUUACCGUGGGGGAGGGAACCAAAAAAUGUGUGUGUGUGUGUGUGUGUGUGUGUGUGUGUGUGUGUGUGUGUGUGUGUGUGUGUGUACAGUAUGAGUGGCUGCUGGUUGACAGAUGUCCACAAACACAGCUUAAUGUGUGUAGACUUGUGCUCUUGUCUUUCUGUCAUUAUGGGACCUGCCAAAUUCUUCAAAAACUUCUUUCCAGACACCUUCACUUAGCGUCAUAUUAGCUUAUACUAAGAGUCAAUUUAACUUGCAGAAUUGAAACUAUUCAUCUAGAAUAACAAAAUGGCUUAAAAUCAAUCUAAUCUUUCUUUCAUGUGGGGCUUUAAAUUUAGUGAUAGUGAAAACAUGUCUAAACAAAAGUACUGGAAAGGAAGUCCAGGAUUGAUAUUUUCUGAAUAUAGUUAUAUAUUUUUGUUGGGCGUUAGGUCAUUUGUAUAAAGUUAGGACACUUUUACAUACGAAAAAUUUUAAAAGUUGUGGAUGACUGGAAAAGUGAGAAUAUUUACAGAAGACAGGAAAUUUAUAUAACCAUUGCAUCAAUGUGUUUAAAAAAUAAGAAGAAAGAAAAAUAUUUCAUAAAUAAGAAAGUUUUUGGAACAUAAAAUUUUGUGCCAAGGGAACUUUUUAAAAAAUUAAACACUUGUUUCUAGAACUGAGGAUGUUUGUGCGGUUUAGAUCCAUUAAAACAUUGAUGUGGACAACAACAUCAGUUGGUCAUCAUAAGAAACAACAACUUUUGUACAGAGUGAGGACAUAAGUUCAGAAGUUUUGUGAGCAUUAAAAGAAAUGUUUUUUUUAGAAAUCACAAUGUUGGUGCAAAGAGACGUUUGGGAUGUCCG